AUGGCCCCCAUAAUCCUCACGUGGGAUGAUGAAAAGGAAGGUUUCAGCGGCAUCUCGAUUACUCAAUGCGGUUAUUUUCCGCUGCCUAGCCACGCUGGCCCGGUCCGCGAUGCUGGGGGAAGAACCAAUCGCAUCUCGAUCAAUGCCAUCAGGCCGUCCGACUCCAGGCUACGACUCGCAUUCUCGCAUUGGAUUUGCCAGGCAGCCAAGAACGACACUGCCUUGCUGGGCAAUACGGCGUAUUCGCAGACCCCUAAACCCGAGCCCCCCCACAUGACCGACCUUGAACCUCGAGCUGCCGCAGACGAGAUCAGCUGGAUCUUCAUGCCGCGUGAGCCUACCAUGAGCGCCCACUUGUCCAACUACGAAAGCGAUACAGCGAGUGACGAGCGGCCAAGCUCGGAACCCGCACGAACCAAAAUUCAAGCAAUUUUCCAAAUCGCACGACCACCACCAAAAUCAUCGCUCCGACUCUCCCCAAAGCUUUUGCUACAAAUUCAACAACUCUCGCAAAAUCACCGCCCAGUCCCAGUUCUAGAAGUAUGGCAGCCCCCAAUGUGCAAGUCAAGAUUGACCCGGGAGUUCCAUCAACGACCAAAACUACGCACCGGGGAUAUCUAUGCGACACUCGAUGAACCAUACAUGUUCAGCGCACCCUCCGUGCGAAAGCGACCGACCGAACCCGAGUGGCAAGAGAGCACAGAUUACAAUGCUGCGAUCAAAGAUAUUGUGGCGGCUAUGUGCCAAUCCGCCGAUAAGACCAGGGGUUCAACGCUACACUUCCGCGAUGCGCAACGCAGCUGGCAGGCCAGCGUGGGUACCACGGGGUCUGAGAACACGCCUUGUUACCGAUUCACCAUCAACGAUGAGAACAGAGACAAGAGUGAUCCGGGGCGGAUGAUGAUGCAAUGGGAAAGGCGUGGCCUUGCUGGCAAGGACGAAAAUACUUCGCAGUCCUUCCAUUCAGACCAGUUCAUUCUAGUCUUAAUUGAUCGCAAAGCGCGGCGGAAGAGCCGCAUAGCAACCAUGACCCCUGGCGGGCUGGAAAUUAUGGUUCGGAAGACCUCUAUUAUGGAGCACCUGCAGGUGUGCUUGGAUUUAACGAGCCCUGUAGCGACGGCAGCGAGCAGCCGUUGUGACUCUCACGAGAACCUGGAAAGGUGGUUGUUUACGCAUGUUCUGACAUUAGGAAUAUGGGUUGCUCAGCAAGAGGGGUGGCUCGGUUCGUAA